AUUUUUUGUUAGUUUGUUCAUUUUGGGGGGGAAUCCUGUUUCCAUCCCGCAUAGUAGGUUGUGUGAUCGCCAAUAUACUGAAGAAGAAGAAGAAGAAAAAAUGGGCAUGAACCACUUUUGGUAGCAUAGGGGCACCUCGGGGCUUUCAAGAGGUUAUCCCCUUACCCACUUCACAUGAACGACUAUGGUAUAUCCCAACUACAUCGAUUACCUGAACUUACGUCAUCGUCCCAACAAUUCGUUUCAAGCGUCGUAGUAGUCUACUGUGUGUGUGUGUAUGGUAGGUCACUUCAGUGAACUAUGUAGUACUGGCAGCAGAGAGAGUUAGCAGCCUAUGAAUGUUCACCAGGAUCACUAACUAGAGACAGUUAACCAACCAACAGAUGUAGGUGCUUGGAUAUGAGGCAAAAGAAAGCGACGGUGGAACCGAAAGCUGGCUUCAUCAAUCAUGAAGGAGUUGAAUGAGGUUGUGAGUCUAGCUAACUGGCUAACUAGUCCAACACAAAAGACUUCCACAGCGAUGGAGGGUCUACCCGGGAUUUUGUUGCUUCCAUUCUCGGGUCCUGUAUCUACCGUUUAGAAUUCUCUGUUCUUUUGGAUCGGAAUUAGCGUUAUUUUUCGUUGUAAACAACAUCCACUAUGUCGGACCCAAGUUACUGUACCACAGUGCCAAUCCACAACAAGUCGCAUUUUGUAACAGGAGCGAUGCUAAAACGAUCAAAAAGUUGCCGGAGCAGCAACAGGAAGAGUCUUGGUGUGGGGACACCGUCGCCCACUCUGUCACGCCCUCUCUCCCCGCUCUCCGUCCACACCGCUGCAAGCAGUCCCCUAGACAGCCCCCGGAAUGUAUCCACCUGUGCCUCCCUCAACUUCCCAUUCGCUCGCAGCCACAUGGCUCGCACUGACAGAGCGGAAGGCAGAAGAUGGUCGCUGGCGUCCCUCCCCUCUUCCGGCUACGGAACCAAUCCCCCCAGCUCCACCGUCUCUUCCUCCUCAUCUUCCCAGGAGCGCCUGCACCAGCUGCCCUACCAGCCCACUCAAGACCAACUCCACUUCCUGUUCAAGCACUUCCGCAGCUCAGAGAAUGUGACCGACGAGGAAGCACAACCCUCGCCGUUCAUGCGCCCUCGCUCCCGCAGCCUCAGCCCUGGAAGAACAAUGGGUUCAUUCGAUAAUGAGAUCGUCAUGAUGAACCAUGUUUACAAAGAACGAUUUCCUAAGGCCACAGCACAGAUGGAGGAGCGCUUGCUGGAUAUCGUCACUGCCUGCUCCCCAGACAGCACCCUCCCACUGUCUGACGGCGUACUGGGCUUCAUCCAGCACCAGCUGGUGGAGCUGGUCCGAGACUGUCUGGACAAGUCCCACAUGGGCCUGGUCACCUCGCGCUACUUUGUGGAGUUGCAGGAGAAACUGGAGAAGCUGCUCCAUGAGGCAUACGAUCGCUCAGAGAGCGAGGAGGUAUCCGUCAUCACCCAGCUGGUGAAGAAGAUUCUCAUCAUCAUAUCCCGACCGGCGAGGCUGCUCGAGUGCCUGGAAUUUGACCCGGAAGAGUUCUAUCAUCUGCUAGAGGCAGCCGAGGGUCAUGCCAAGGAGGGCCAGGGCAUCAAGACGGACAUUCCACGUUACAUCAUCAACCAACUGGGCUUGACUCGCGACCCCCUCAAAGAUAUGGUACAGCUUGAACAGUCUGCUCCGUCAAUGACAGUGGAGUUUGAUGAGUCGGUGGAGCAGAACAAGUGUCCACAGACACUCACCCCGACGCGAAGGAAACCACUGGAGAGUGACUUUGAAACCAUCAAGCUCAUCAGUAAUGGAGCUUAUGGGGCUGUGUACCUGGUCCGACACAGAGACACCCGGCAGCGUUUCGCCAUGAAAAAGAUCAACCGGCAGAACCUAGUCCUGAGGAACCAGAUCCAGCAGGUGUUUGUGGAGCGGGACAUCCUGACCUUCGCUGAGAACCCCUUCGUGGUCUCCAUGUUCUGCUCCUUCGAGACACGACGCCACCUGUGCAUGGUGAUGGAGUAUGUGGAAGGUGGGGACUGUGCUAACCUGCUGAAGAAUAUGGGCCCCCUUCCUGUGGACAUGACCCGGAUGUACUUUGCUGAGACUGUGCUGGCCUUGGAGUACCUUCACAACUACGGCAUCGUCCAUAGAGACCUCAAACCUGACAACUUGUUGAUCACCUCUAUGGGCCACAUCAAACUGACCGACUUUGGCCUGUCCAGAGUUGGCCUGAUGAACAUGACUACCAACCUGUAUGAGGGUCACAUGGAGAAAGACACCAGGGAGUUCAUCGACAAACAGGUGUGUGGCACCCCAGAGUACAUAGCCCCGGAGGUGAUACUAAGACAGGGCUAUGGGAAGCCAGUAGACUGGUGGGCCAUGGGAGUCAUCCUGUAUGAGUUCCUGGUUGGAUGUGUGCCCUUCUUUGGGGACACGCCUGAGGAACUCUUUGGGCAGGUUGUCAGUGAUGACAUCAUCUGGCCCGAUGGGGACGAAGCUUUACCUGCAGACGCCCAGGACAUGAUCACACGGCUGCUGAGGCAGAGCCCUCUGGAGCGCCUGGGAACAGGAGGAGCACCUGAGGUCAAACAACACCCCUUUUUCUUUCGUCUGGACUGGAACGGGCUACUGCGACAGAAAGCAGAAUUCAUCCCUCAACUGGAAGCGGAGGAUGACACCAGCUACUUUGACACUCGCUCAGAGCGGUACCACCAUUUAGCCUCGGAUGAGGAUGAUGAAACCAAUGAUGAAGAGUCUUCCCUGGAAAUCCGACAGUUCUCCUCCUGGUCAAACCGCUUCAGCAAGCACAGAACAUACAGCAGUACAGAACGUCUGGCCACGCCGUCCAACCUGAGCUUCUCAUCGGACCGCAGCCACAGCGAGGAGGGCUGGGAUGGACGUUUCACACCCUCCCCAGGAGGAGACAUCCAGAGACAGGAACGCCAGCACCAAGAUCGCAGGGGCAGCCUGCGCCCACGGACCUCGUCCAGUUCCUCCCAGUCUGAGAGGAGUGCCAGCCCACUGGUGAUGAGCAGCACCCACAGUCUGGAGACCACGCCCCGCUUUGCCUUCUCCACUGAUGAUGAAGCUGAGGUGGUCGUAUCAAACCUGCAUCGGAUCCGGAUUCGUAGCAACAGCACCGGGAAAAAACACUCUUCCCCCAAGGACCACGGGGCCCCCCGACGCUUUGGGAACCAGCUGGAGACGCCAGACAGACAGACGCCAGACAGACCGAGGCUUGGGGGCAAAGUACCCAAAUCUGCCUCCGUCUCUGCCCUGUCUCUCAUCAUCACUGCAGACGACAUAGCCGGCGGUCUCCAGCCCAGCCCCAUCUUAACGCGCUCCCUCUCGUCCAACCCUUCGUCCCGCGACUCAUCCCCCAGCCGAGACCUGUCGCUUAGCCUCAGCAUCCUGGGGCCACCCAUCGUCAUCCACAGCUCGGGGAAGAAGUACGGCUUCACCAUGCAGGCCAUCCGCGUUUACAUGGGCGACAGCGACAUCUACACCGUGCACCACAUGGUCUCGAGUGUGGAAGAUGGCAGCCCAGCCUUCGAGGCAGAACUGAGGGCCGGUGACCUCAUCACUCACGUGAAUGGAGAGUCGGUGCAAGGCCUGGUCCACACAGAGAUGAUGGAGCUGCUUCUGAAGAGUGGCGGCAAGGUGGCCCUUCAGACCACGGCACUGGAGAACACGUCAAUCAAGGUUGGGCCGGCUCGAAAGACCAGCCACAAGGGCAAAAUGGCAAGACGCAGCAAGAAAAGCAAGAGAAGGGACAAUCAGGACAGGCGGCGGAGCAUCCUGAAGAAGCUGUCCAAGCAGAGCACAGUGAUGCACAGCAGCCGCAGCUUCAACUCUGGACUGCAGCACCACUCUGUGUCAUCCAGCGAGAGCCUGCCAGGCUCCCCCACACACAGCCUGUCACCCGGCCCCUCCACCCCCUGUCACAGCCCUGCCCCUCACCACCAGGCUGGAGACACCAACUCUCCACAGAGCACUUCUCCCAGCUCCAGCUCUCCCAGCUCCCCAGCUGCACACAUCCGGCCCAGCUCCCUGCACGGCUUGGGCUCCAAGCUGGUCACUCAGCAUUACACCAAGGUGGGUCGCCGCAAGUCCACCAGCAGCAUCCCCCCGUCCCCCCUGGCCUGCAACUCUUCCACCCAGCCCCUGUCGCCCCAGCGCUCCCCCUCCCCCCUUCCUGGCAUCACCAAUACCUUCCACGGCAAGACUCUGUCCCCCCCCACCAUCGUCCGCCAUUGUGUGCGCCCCCGCAGCGCCGAGCCUCCCCGCUCCCCCCUCCUCAAGAGGGUGCAGUCGGCUGAGAGGCUCUCGAGCGCCUACCACACCGACAAGAAGUCGUACCCCCACCGAAGGCACACGUUGGAGGUGCCUUUCCAGGAUGAGGGGGAGGAGGUGGAGGGGGUCUGCAGCGGAGGGGUCUCCUACCUCGGGGACCACGGGAGGCUGCAGGGGGGGUACGGGGGCUGCCAGAGGCUGAGGGACUGGGCGACGGAACGCUCAGAGCAGCUGGUGGUGAUGAGGAAGCUCAACCUGUCGGAGCGCCGCGACUCCUUCAAGAAGCAGGAGGCGGUGCAGGAGGUGAGCUUUGACGAGCCUGACGACCAGAAGACCAUCCCCACGCUCACUGCGACGCUCAACGCCCCUGGAAGCAAUCGGCUCCCGCAGCGGGCGGCCUCCUGGUCGGCCAUUUCCCAAACCAGCGAGGAGGUGACUGUGGUGAAACGUUUCAUCCAGGUGCCUCAGAUCGCUGUGCAGGGCUCGAUGGAGAGCGUGGACCAGGACGUCUGGGAGCCGUGCUCAGACGGAGAGGAGGAGGACGACGAGAGGGAGGAGGCUGAAUCUACCGAUUCCAACAUUGGACCACAACAGCCGAGCAAGGAUGUCUUUCUCAUGGUAGAAAUCUCCAGUAAGGCACCAGAAGAGACAGCUGCUUUGCACAAAGAAAGGCCUGCCUCGGAUCAAGUUGGGGAUACCGCAGUAGACUCUAGCCCCCAGAAAGGGAAGCUAAGGAAGUGACAUUUCCUUGACUCAUUUUAUAGAGUAAUUUCUUCCAAGGAAGCACCUUGAUACUCAUUGCUAAAGGAAGGAAAUGUUUGGGCGAAAUAGUAUUUCGCCACAUUGAUUUUGUUUUGUAGAUUUCACUUGAUUCAAGAUUUAGUUUCGGAAAUAUGUAACACUAGGAAAUAGACUGCACUUUAUUUCCUGGGCUUAUUUAUUACUUUUAAGCUAAUAGGAUUUACAAUGGGGCCAAAAAAGGAAAGUGUUCAAUUGAUAGUGACUAGCCAAGAUUAAAUCAUGUUUUGUAUCCAUAGACACAUUUCUAUUUUCUAUUGACAUGAUUUUUCUAGAAAUGUCUAUUUUUAAACAUGGUACAGAGUAGUUGAUAAUGGUAGGAAGUUCACAGAAGUAAGUCGUUUUUGGAGAGGAAAGUUUUUGACAAUUUAUUCGCAUUCAUAAAUGGAAAGUAUUAAUGUAUAAAUCUUCAUUUCUACAGAUUACCACAUAAUUUGAAAGUUGUUUUGAUUUAGGCUUGGAAGCUGAGACUACAGUUUUGAAGUAUAUUUUGAAUCGUACAAAACUGCAGGGCAAUUCUUAUAUGAACUACUUAGGUCAGUUCUUAGUUGAUGUGAAGACUACGCUCACUAUUUAUUUGUUUGGUUUUUGUUCUCUUAAGCCAUAUUUUAUGAACUGAUGGCCUUUUUUGUUUGACAAAUAGAUGUUAUUUCCUUGUUGGCAGGCUUGACAGUAGCAGGAAAAUGUAGUCCCCUUUACAAAUAUAGUUUAUAUUUCAAAGCAAUUUUAUGCAAAUCUCAAACAGAGGGUAUUUCUUCAAAUCUAAGCUACCAUAGAAAUGAAAGCAAGUAUUUCACAUGAAAUUCAGCAACUAGUUAGUUUUAAAACCUGUUAAUUAUAUUGCACAAUAUUCUGUCAUAACCUCAUUGUCAUGUUCGUUCAUCCUGACAUGUUGUUCUAUUGGGUUCCUGUACUGAUUCUCAUGGCAACAGGGUUUACCCCUUGGUUUUGCUGAAAUCAUGGUGGACUUAAAUCAGUUGAACAUUGGUGUAGCAUGGCAAUUUGAGCUUGCUGUCAAUGCUUGUACUACUAAAGCAUGGAACUUUGUUCUUAUCAAAUAGUGUUACCUCAUCGCUGUCACACAGGCAAUUGUUGACAGGAUAUUGUUUUGAUAAGGCACAGAUAGUUUUGCUCUUAACCCUGUUUUAGGCUACCUCAAGGAAUACAGUUGUCCAGGUGAUACCACCAAGCUAAAGAGAAACCGUUUAAGCUUUCACAGGAGCCGCUUGCAUAUUUUCAAUUAUCCUCGAUACAGCCUUUGACCGUAUCUACAUAUAAUAUGCAGAUUUAAGCAUAAUGACUGUUGUGCAUGUGAAAAUGUUCAUGCGUAAGAAACCUGUUCCUAUUUCAUCUUGUGCUUUUGUGUUGAUGUUUACAUUGGGGUAAAAUGCACUAAGGAAAAUAAAUAAUUUUGACAUUAUUAUUUUUUUACCGAUGUAUGGAAUAGUCAACAAUGAAGGAGCACCCCAUACCUUCAGUCAGAUCCCAGGGCUUAGAUAUUAACAGACGCUAGUUUUAUGUCUUUGUACUGUACAUGUAUUUAUGUAUAUAUUUUGAUAUCUGAGUCUAUUAAUUCCGUAUGCAUUAUUAUUGUACUUCAUUUAUAUUUUGGGGUACACCAACCAACCUGUUGUACAAGCAACGUGAACGCCCAUGACCGACCUGUUGCACAAGCAACGUGAACGACCAUGGCUGAAAGAAUGGGCCUCUGAUGAAGCAAGGAUGAAGCUUGUUGGGGAAUCUCAUCAGUAUUGCAAUGCAUAUAAUACAAUGCAUGUAAUUAAUUAGCGGUGUUGAACACUAUCAUUUUGGCCCAUUUUAUACACUAAAGUCGUUUUGAAGGUUGAUAUUGUCAAAAAUGGUACUUGCUGUUAUCUAACCCUCUGUAUAUAUCAAAAGUCGAAGUCUCAACAGAUCCUCAACAUAUUUUCAGAUUGGAUGAACUGCUCAGAACUCAGAAGACGGUGGCGGUGAAAUGAAUUUAUACCCAAGACAUGCUUACUCAAAGUCUGAAUUGUUUACAAUGAAUAUGCUAUUUACAAUUUAAACAAAUAUAAUUUAGUAAUCCUGUAUUUCUACUUAAUGAAACCACUCUUUGAUACCAUGUACUGUGAAGCUAUUAUAUUGGUAUGCACAUUUCAACACUACAUCAUUUUACGUAAGUACCUUUUGGAACUGUAAAACCUCCUAAAACUGUUCUAUAGGAAUACUGUAGGAGGCAGUUACUCUUCUGUUGGAUGCAUGCUGCAUGAGACAAGGACACGUAAUACUUGAUUGCAUGAUACUCUGGGUUUAUAUAGCCCAUGCUGUGGUUUUUACUGUGUGUCUAAUAGCAUUGUGUGCACAGUCAACUUUUGCACUUUCCUCUCACUCCUUCUCAUCAUGCCCUGAACCAGAAAAAGACAUGAUCGUAUACAAAUGUAAGCAAUGUUUGAAAUAAUUGUUUUAGUCAAAUAUUAUCUGUUUGGGCUUCUUGCGGUCAAUUUGCAGUCAACUAAUUAUUUUGAAUUAUAUUCCGGCCCAUCCGCUCAAGAAUAAAUUGGCCCGCGGCUGAAUCUAGUUGAUGAUCCCUGUCAUGAGGGAUGCAUGUGGUUAAUCAAAGGCUGGGAGUGAGCUUAGAAGGUUAGGCUACACAUCAGUCUACAAUGCUUUGUCUUUUGCAUUUAACCCUCAUUCUGACACUGCCAUUUUGUCUGCUAUCUAACUCCUCUAUGCUCACUUCAAAUGUUAUUGGUCACAUACACAUAUUUAGCAGAUGUUAUUGCGGGUGUAGCCAAAUGCUUGUGUUUCUAGCUCCAACAGUGCAGUAGUAUCUAACAAUUCACCACAAUACACACACAUCUAAAAGUAGAAGAAUGGAAUUAAUAAAUAUAUAAAUAUUAGGACGAGCAAUGUCAGUGGCACCCAGUUAGUUUUAGACAAGGGUACCUGUAUACAUUCUAGCACACUUACAGGGUAAAAUGGAAGAACAUGUCCACAUUCAUUCUUUCUGUUUAAAUAUGUGAUUUUGUUAGAAAUACUGGAGGUACAGUGCUAAUUUCCAUUUUAUGUGAAUAUGGAUAUACUGUAUAAGCCAAUUUUGUCUGGCUAGUUUUUAUUUUUGGGUUCUAACACUGUAUGGCCUAGCUCCCUAUUCAAACAAAAGCAAACAUUGAAUAAAUAGAUGGCUGGCUAGGAUGUUAUUAUGCCUAUGGUUGGGUUGGACAGUUGAAUGUAUUUGCCAAUAAGUAAGUGCUUGUGUACUUUCAUAAUAGAGAAAUUGUGAUAGGAGGCUUCAGAUGGGAAUCCUAACAAUUUUGCUGGUUCGUAUGACUUUGCCUUUCAGCAUCGGUCUGCUUAUGUUUGAGUAGCGAGGCGUGGGCUGUCCCUGGUGCAAGUGUCAAGAUUGAUCUAUUUUGUGUUUUUACUAGCUGUUCCCAAACUGUUUUAUAAUAAAUUGUUUCCAUAUGGCAUUUGAUGAAUA